AUGGAUGUUCAAGUUCCACCUCCACCACCACCUCCUCCGCCAUCAUUUCUUACUGAAACGACAACUUCGCAAUUAACAGUACCACCACCAUCACUCCCUCCUCCAGAAUCAGUCAUUACAACAACAACAACAACCACAACCGUAGCUGCUUCUUCUGUUCAAGAUCGUAUUUGGUUACAUCCAUGGACGGUAACUGAAAUGCGUGAACACGCAUCACAAUGGUCAUUGGCUGGUGAUGCUGGUUUAUUACUUUAUUUGGAACAAUUUUCUGGUAAAUUAGCUCAACGGGCUGAUGCUAUUCAACAACAUUUAAAUCAAACAGUUAAUGCUGUUAAAAGUACACAUACACGUGUUCAAAAUUGUCUUAAUGAAUUUACAUCAUUAGCUAAUACACAAUUUAUUGAAAAUCGUGUUUAUGAUGAAGAUGAAACAGUUAAUGCAAAAACAUCAAAAAAAGAUGAACAAUCUACAGAAAAAACUAAUGUUAGUAAUAGUGAAGCACAAGAAAAAGUUUUACAACGUUAUGUUGAAGCAAUUCAAUAUGGUUUAACUAUUCUUGAUACACAUUUUGAACGUGUUGAUGCUAAAUUAGAUAAUAUUCAAAAUGGUAUAUCAUCAAUUGAUGAUGAUGAAGAUGUUGGAGUACCAAUUGAACCUAUACUUGAACCAAAAGAUCCUUAUAUAUUUCGACCAUUACCAUAUCUUAUUGGUACAAGUGAAUUUAUGCAAGAUGAUUUUGUUGGUUUAGCUGAUUUAUUAAAUAUACAUGAUGAAGAUACAUAUGAUGUUGAACAAAUUGAAAAAAUUGAGUCAGAUUCAGCAUUAUCAAGUUCUGAUCAAGAAGAUGAAGAUUUUCAAGUCCAAGUAUCAUCAGUACCAAUUGUUCCAGCUGGUGCUAGUCGUCCAGAUAUAGCAAACCGAUCAGCAACAACUGUAUUAACAGAUAGUGAAGAUGAAAAUGAUCUAUUUGGUAUGAAUACUGGUCCGAAAUUUGAUGAUUUUUCAUCAAAAAAACCAGUGUAUAAUGAUAUAUCUGAGGAACCUACAAAAUCUAAAAAAGUAGAUUCUUUUCACGAAUUAGAUAAUGAAGACGAUAUUAUGUUUGGUAUUCCAGUUAAGAAACCUCAACCUAUUAUUGAAACUAAUAAUAAUAAUAAUAAUAAUGAGAAUUUUGAUAAUGAAUCAUUAACAUCAAAAGAAUCGAAUGAACCUGAAGAACAACAAAAACAUAUAGGUGGUAUAUCAAUGUUCGGUAGUGCACAAAAAGGAAUGUCUGAACUUGAAAAAGCUGUUUUACGACGACGAAAAGCUAUGGGUGAACCUGAUGUAUCAUCAAUUGAUGAAGAUGAUGAAAUAAAAAAACCGAAAAAAACAUCAAAUGAAACUAUUUCACCAAUUGUUACUAAAAUACCAACAGAACGAUCAUCUAGUACAAUUUCAAAUCUUACUUCACAACCAUUAACAAAACCAACAACAACAACAACAACUGAAAAGAUUUCUAAAUCAUCGAUAUUUGAUGUACCAAAAUUAAAACCAUUGUCGAGUAUCGUACCAUCAUCAUCAUCAAAAACUAUAGUUGAUACAAAACCAUCAAUAAUAAUUCCAUCGAAAAAAGAAAAAGAUAUAUUUGAUAAUGAUACUGAUGAAGAUGAUGAUCCAUUUGCAAUAAAAAAGAAAGAUACUUCAUCAUCAUUGUCAAUAAAAAAGAAUGAUACAAAUUCAAAAAUUCAAUCACAAACAACAACUAAACCUAAACCAGUUAUUCCUCCAGUUGAAAGUGAUGACGAUGACCUUUUUGGUACAAAAAAAACACAACCAAAACCAAUUCCAACAAUAUCAAAAACUAGUACUAUUGAAAAAACUAAAUCACCUAGUUCUGACGACGAUCUUUUCAACACAUCGACAAUCACUAAAACACAACCACCACCAACAAAAACAUCUGAAGAUGAAGAUUCUUUAUUUGCUCGUAAACCCCCAGUACAACAACCAAUUGCACCUAUUGUUCCUGCUUCUGCUCCUGUUUCUACCCCAUCAAUUAAAAAGUUAGCCAUCGUAACUGAUGAAGAUAGCGAUGAUGAAAUCUUUGGUAUAUCUAAAACAAAACCAAAAGUACCAACAACUGAAAAACAAAACAGUGUUUCAUCUACUAAACCUGAUGAUAACAAUAAUUUACUUGGUAAAUCAACAACUACAUCUAAAGUAGUGACAGCAGAAACUCCAAAAGUUAUUCCAUCUAUGAAAUCUAAUGAUGAUGAUGAAUUAUUUGGUGCAUCAAAAACUAAACCAAAAAUACCCACAACCGAAGUACAAAAAGUUUCCUCACCUAUUAAAACUGAUGAUGAUGAAGAUGAUUUAUUCGGUAAAUUAACAAUUAAACCUAAACUAUCAACAAAAGACACUCAAAAAGUUAUUCCACCUACAAAAUCUAAUGACAAUGAUAAAUCAUUAACUAAACCAAAAAUCGCAGUUACAAAAGACGAUGAUGAGGAUGACGAAUUAUUUUCUUCUCCAAAACCAAGUCAAGUUAAAUCUCCUGCAGCUACUGUUUCAUCUCCUUUACCUUCAACAACAACAACAACAACUGUUAAAACCGAUACUUAUGAAGAUCCUUUAACAGGAAUUCGAAAACCUAUUGAAACUACAUCCCAACCACCAAUAAAAACUCCAAUUGUUCAACCAGUAAAGAAAUCUAUUUCAGAUAGUGAUGAGGAUGAAUUAUUUCCUAAACGACAAGUAAAUACAGCAGCAUUAAAAGAAGGUGAAAAACCAAAUGUUAAAGCACUUUCAUCACUUUUAAAUAUUAAUCCAAAUGCUCAUCGACCAGGUGCACGUCCGAAAACACAUUCAUUUAUUGAAGAACAAUCUAAACCUUCUGUUGUUAAUGAUGAUCAACCGAGUCAAACUAUUGAACCUUCACAAACAGUUGUGAAAAAAUUAUCAAAACUUGAUUCGGAUAGUGAUGAUGAUUUAUUUGGUAAUAAGAAAAAAGAAAAAGCAACUGUUUCGAAUACAGAACAAAAAGAUAAAACUAAUGUUGAAGAUGAAAAAGUUAAUGUUAAAGCACUUUCGUCACGUAUUAAAAUAAAUCCAAUGACGCAUAUGCCAGGUACUCAACCGAAACCAAUCUCUAAUGAAGAAAAUGGAUCAAAUAAUGUAGUACAAACAACUUCAACGGAAACAUCUAAAGAAGAACCAAUAGUUGAUAAAACUAUGUUGAAUAUUCUUAAAGAUCGAGCUAAAGUAUCAGUUAAAACUCGAGCGCCACCAACAAGAAAACCUCGUUCAACUGGAGCUACAACAGCUGCAAUGGCAAAUGCUGAUGAGGAUGAUCUCUUUGCUUUGCCUAGUUCGAAUAAAACUGCUACAUCAUCUUCUUCGACUACUAGUCCAGUAAUUCCUUCUCAAUCUGAUAUUCCUCCACCAGUAUCUAUAACAGGUUUGCCAGAUAACACUGCUGCUAUUGCUGCUAUAUCUGAUAAACAAACUAAUUCAAAAGAAAAGAAAACUUUUUCACUUUUUGAUUCUGAUGAUUCUGAUAUUGAUGAAUUGUUAUUUGGUUUUAGUAAAAAAAAUAAAUCUUCUAUAACAUCAAAACCAACUACAACACCAUCAACAACUACAAAAUCAAAUAUUUUAUCAUUAGAUGAUGAUGAUGAUAAUGAUUUUCUAUCAAAACGACCAAUAAAAAAGAGUACAAAACCAAUUGAUGAUGAUGAUAUAUUUGCUGAUGUUAAAAUUAAAUCCCAACAAACAAAUAAAGCUAAAAAAGAUUGGUCAAUUAUGAAUAAAACAGUAACAGAUGAUACAGAUGAUAUUUUUAAUGAUGGAUCAACAAAAUCUUCCACUACCUCAAAAUCAAAAUCAACAAAUGUUAAAAAUAAAUCAAUCAAGGAUUUGGAUGAUAUUUUUGAUGAUCCAUUCAAUGUUUCGUCCAAACGAUGA